AUGGCCCAGACUCUCCAGGAUCCUCUUAACCUGGGCGGCGGCUGGGCAUCCUCGGCGCCUGUACACAGCUGGUCCUCAAACCACCGAAGGCGCAGGGGCGCUCCAACUUACAAGCGGCGGUACCGUUAUGGCCCCAAGGCUGAAGAUGAGCCUCCGAGGAAACAGCCGAAGCAACAGCACGGCCCACGUCCUUGGUACCAACCACCCCGAAGGCCUUAUUGGGCUGUGUACUCCAACUGGAGGCGCUGGAGAGGUCCCUGGUACCCACCCCCGGCGGGAUUCUGGAAGGUACCUCGCAGAGUGCAAUUGAUCUGGGUGUAUGGACUUCACCCGCUUUGCCUUUGCUGCUGCUCCUGUUGGCAUGGAUCCUGGAACCCCGGCUGCACAAGGCCCCAUGGAAGAAAGAGGCGAUGGGGCCGAAGGGGCCGCGGUCUGCGACGCCGCCCUCGCCGCUCCUCCCAAAGAAGCCCAUCUGGAGAUUUGAGCAUGCUGUUGCGGCCAGGCAACUUGUAUGGAUGGCGAGCUCCUGGCAUGCGUGCACCGCGAAACACCACCCAGUUCAUUAUGAACCAGAACUAUGAGGACAUGCGGCAACAGGAGAAGCUGGAGCGGCAGCAGGAGGCGCUGCGGGCCCAGCAAGUUCAGGCCAGCGACCCGACCUCUCCAAUGGCUGCUUCUGGAGAAGAUUCACCACCUAGCGGGUACGAGGAAGAUGCUGAACUUCAGGGAAUUUUCUAUGGCUUGGUGCAAAAUCCUGCUCUAGUCUUCAGUCCUGCCUCCAAGGAAGAAAGUCUGUUUCCCAACCCUCAACAGGUGGAGGAAGACGAGAAAAACGGUGAUGAGGUCGAGGAGUGUGAGGAGGAAGUUUGUGAGGAGGAAGUGUGUGAUGACAAUGGGUUCGAACAAGAGGAUGAAGAGGCAGAGAGUGAGGAUGGUGAAUAUGAAGAUGACGAUGGAGAAAAUGAAGAGGAUGAGGCCUGGGAUAGAGAGGAAGAGGAGGCCGAGGAUGGAGAGGAAGAAGAAGAGGAAGAAGAGGAGAAGGAAGAAUUUGAAGAGGAGGAUAUAGAAGAGGAAGAAGAGGAGAUGGAUGAUCAGAGAGUAGAAGAGAACCAUUUGCCUUUGAAAAUGCCUUUGUCAAUCCUAGUAGGAUCUAAAGAAGAAAACAAGAACUUUAUGAGCUGUAAUUAUUUCAGCCCGAAGAAGAUACAUUCCAAAGUGGCACAGGAAACGCUCCUCGUGGUGCAGGACAUUAAUUGA